AUGAGUGCCGAAUGGAGGACGCCGUCCGGGGGAUCUAGCGGCGUCAUCUCAUCGGAACUCUACUGCAAGAUUUGCCGAAACGUGAUGGCCGACGCGGUGCUGGCGAGCAAGUGCUGCUUCGACAGCUUCUGCGACUGGUGCAUCCGGGACCACAUCGCCGCCAAGUCCAAGUGCGCGUGCGGGGCGCAGGCGUGCGUCGACGACCUGAUCCCCAACCCAACGCUCCGCACCACCAUCGCCAACGUUCUCGCCACCACCAGCGGCACAGCGAGCGUUUCAAGUGGAACCGAGAAGCCAAGGAGCUCCGCCAGCAGCAACGCGACAGAGGCGGCGCCGCAGAGCCUGGCCGCUUCGCAGGUGAGCCGCAGUAACGUGUCUUCCAAGAAAAGCGCCACGAUCUCAUCAGGUGUCCUCGGACCAAGAAAGGCGUGGGAGACGGUGGCGGGUGACCACUCCACAGAAUAUGGAGCCCUCGCCGUCGACGGCGAUCACCACGGCAGCUAUGGCUUCCCGUUCGGCCCGGCGCCAGGCUACGUCGACCCCUUCUUCGGCGUCGGCGUGCCAUUCGGAGCUGAUCCUUACAUGUACUACGGCGUGCCUUACGGCUGUUGUGGUGCUGCUUACGGCUACUACGGCGACGAGGAUCGCCGUGACACGAAGAGGACGCGCCUACGAUGA